AUGCCCUCUGUCCGAGGCUCCAAGUCCCCUACGAAGGACGCGCGUGCGGCACCGUACCCUGCCAGCAGACCUACGGACGACACCGCCAACCAGCAGCCUGUACCAUCCACUGACAACACAUUGCUGCCAUCUGAACCACCGCCCGCUUCGGAAAGCACCUCCGCGCAGCAGAGGACGCCCGCACCAAAAGAUGACACCGCCACCAAAGGGCAAUCAGCUCCGCAGGGCAGCUACCUUGACAUCAAGCUCCGCGAGUACAUCGGCCACUGGGGCGAGCGAGAAGUCCCUUGCUAUGAGAACGCACGUCUCGCGCCCGCCGCACUUUACCUCACUAACUUUGCUCAGCCCCGCAGCAUCCGCCACAGGCUCAACACGAUCCUGAACACCAAGGUCAAGAUCCCCGGCACCGACGAAUCUUUUACCAAGACCAGUAUGUCAGCCGAGCUGUGCAAGAUCGCGCUCGCCCAUCACCCCAUCAAGUCGUCUGCCGGUAUCGUCACGUGCGAGGGUCCCUCGGUGCAUGACCUUGUUGCGUUCUUAAGGGAGCCUAGCAGCACUGAUGGUGAUAGCACGACGUAUUACUACGGCACGAUGCUGAUCAAUAAGAUGCGCAUCUGGAACUCUAGGAUCAAGAUCAAGGCCAGGCAGGAAGCGGAGAGAAAUGCGGAAAGUGAGGUAGCAGCGCGGAUGGCUGGCGAGCAGCAAGUGCAGGUUCCCGAACAGGUGCUGGCACCUGCAUCCAGGGAUGCCGAGUUAACGUUUCCAAAUGCUCACGUGCUAGGAACAGUUGUGGUAGCGAACCCCACGCUGAGGAGGUGCUGCUGA